AUGCUUGUUGAGCAACCUGCACUUAAUCCAGCGGACUCAGCCCUGCCUUGCACCUCUGACCAACCUACGGCUGAGCCAUCGCCUGCAGAACAAGUGUCUUCUCUUCCUCCGACUAUGAAGCUGCGCCUGACACGCAAGGGCAAAUGGGCGGCCCCAGUCACCGCAACUUCUCCUCCACCUCCUCGCCGUCAACGCGUAUUGAGCACCUCUUCUCCCACCAGGUCCUCGGACAUGAGCUUGCCCCAGGAGACAAGCUUGGCCCGGGAGAAGGCCUCCGAUCCGGAGGUGACAGACCAGCCCUCGGACCUGCUCGCUCCACUGCCCAUUCAGAGUACAUUGCCUGCUCCGCCCUUGUCCCCUGACGAUCAGCCCCUGGGCUUACCGAUGCCCUCCGCGUCUCCUCUCAUCGCGACUCCGAGCUCAGCCAUGCCGCUUCCGAACCUGCCCUCUACAGACCCAGCCUUUGAAGCGUCAUGGCGGCUCCCUUCGGAGACCGAUCCGGCCUACACGCCCGCUGCCGAUUCGUCGCCCAUCUUUGGCAAGGUUGAUUUCUAUGGGGACCUGGCAAUCAGCCAGUGA